GCAGUGACGUCUCUGCUCAGUCUCAGGUGCCCAGAGCAGAGGCAGCUCCCUGGGAUCCAGGAGCGUCCCAGCCAGGACAGGGCUGCUCCGGGGAGUGUAAGAAAUGGUCCCAGCCUCCCCCAGGGCUGAGCUCUGCCCUUAACGCUCAGAUUCUCUCUCCCUCCGCUCCCUAGUGCGCAUGACUCUGGAUCCAGACACUGCUCAUCCCCAACUCGUCCUGUCUGAGGAUGGGAAAGCCAUGAGAUAUGGAUGCUUAUGGAACAAACUGCCCACACGACAGAGAUUUGUUUACGAGCGCUGCGUGCUGGGCAGUGAGGGAUUCACCUCGGGGAGACAUUGCUGGGAGGUGGAGGUGGGGGGACAAGGGGGCUGGGCCGUAGGGAUGGCCAGAGAGUCUGUGAGAAGGAAGGGACAGAUCAGCUUUAACCCUGAGGGGGGUGUCUGGGCUGUGGAAUACUGGAAGGGUCAGUACUGGCCUCUCUCUGACCCCCUGACUUCUCUGCCGCUAAGCUGGGUCCCCAGGAGGAUCUGGAUUUAUCUGGACUACGACCAGGGGCAGGUGGCGUUUUUCAAUGCUGAUAACGAGUCAUUGAUCUUCACUUUCCCACCGGCCUCUUUUGCUGGGGAGAGAAUCCGUCCUUUGUUUGUGGUCUGGGAAACAGAGUCCCAGCUCAGACUGUGUCCCUGAGAUCUG